UUUGGAGUUUCGCACUUUGGGUGUUCUAGUGUCCUGUUCUCGGACUGCAAAAUAAUAUAUCCUUAACAGCUUUUAGUUAAUCGGACUUAAAAAUGUUUAUUGUAGAAUUUUAAGGACAAAACGACAUGUAUUCUAAAUGUUUGCAAGGAGUUCUUGCAUACACCGUGAAGAGCCUGUACGCGCAUUUUCAUUUGGGAAAAGUGACCAAGCGAUAUUGCUUCGUUUCAAAUGCACAUUUCUGCACAUCAAGCGAGCGAGUGACAGAGGGGACCGUGGUGGUGGAACGGAGAGGGGCAGUGGUCAGUGUGGUGAUUAACCGGCCAGAGGUGCGCAACGCGGUCAACCAGGAGACGGCUCGGAAGUUGCUUGAGGAGCUGAAAGCAUUUGAGGAGGACCAGACCAUCUGUGCGGCAGUGCUGCACGGUAUCGGAGGGAAUUUCUGUGCUGGUUAUGAUCUGAAGGAGCUGGCCCAUCACUCUGCCUCCCUCAAAUUGGAGCAAGAUGUCACUAAAGGUCCCGGGCCUAUGGGCCCGUCCAGGCUGAUGCUGUCCAAGCCACUGAUCGCUGCGGUCAGUGGCUACGCGGUGGCCGGGGGACUGGAGCUAGCUCUACUGGCUGACAUGAGGGUGGUGGAGGAGAGUGCCAUCAUGGGGGUCUUCUGCAGGAGAUUUGGUGUGCCUUUGAUUGAUGGGGGCACAGUGCGGUUGCCUCAGCUGAUCGGGCUGUCACGUGCUCUGGACCUCAUACUGACUGGCCGCCCAGUGGGAGCGCAGGAAGCCUUAGCCUAUGGGCUGGCCAAUCGAGUGGUGCCCGAUGGCAAAGCGUUGCAGGUUGCCAUGGAGCUGGCAGAACAGAUUAGUUCUUUUCCUCAGCAGUGUCUCCGUGCCGACCGGGCCUCCGCCUACCACGCCGCCUUUGAUGCCGCCUCCUUCACAGACGCCAUGCAGUACGAGAUGGACCACGGCCUGCCCGUCAUCCGGGCUGAGUCUGUUGCCGGGGCGACCAGGUUCAGCUCAGGGGUUGGCCAAGGAGGGAAGUUCUCUUGAUGAGUGUGUUCCACAGGGUGAAGAGUCUCCGUCUAGACGCCAUGAUGACAGGACUCCCAGUCGCUUGUUUAUGGAGGGCCCCUGCUUCCUUACACUGGGUCAGCUGAUAAACACACACACACACACACACACACACACACACACACACACACACACACACACUAUAAUGUGCAUUCAUACAUACAUACUACAGUAUACACAGUAACACAUGUAAGCACAUACAUAUUUAUUAUUUUUACAUACACAUACAUACACAUAAAGUAAUGCUAUGUGUACACACUUACAUUCACACACACACACACACACACACACACACACACACAGUGCAUAUGAGCACAAUAUUUUACUUGUUUGAGCUCCUCUGUUUAGCUUACAAUGUAAUUGCAUAUCUCAUUUUGUAUGUAACCUCCUUUUAGCAACUCAAGGCUAUUACAGUUUUUGGCCAUUGCUUGAACACUUUUUGCAAAACUUCUGCUCAUUGUGUCAAAACAUUACACAAGAGCACACAAGACACAACACUGGGAAAUAAACCAUUCACAUACAACCCCAAAACAGAAAAAGUUGGGACGUUGUGUAAAAUGUGAAUAA